AUGGGUGUCUACUCGAAAGCACUUGAAUUUUACGAAAAAUCACAUAAAAUAAGAGAAAAAGCUCUGCCUCCGAAUCAUCCCGAGUUGGCUAUUUCCUACAACAACAUCGGUGGAGUGUAUAACGACAUGGGUGACUACUCGAAAGCACUUGAAUUUUACGAAAAAGCACUUAAAAUAAAAGAAAAAGCUCUGCCUCCAUAUCAUCCCUCAUUGGCUACUUCCUACAACAACAUCGGUCAAGUGUAUAAGAAUAUGGGUGACUACUCGAAAGCACUUGAAUUUUACGAAAAAGCACUUAAAAUCGACGAAAAAGCUCUGCCUUCGAAUCAUCCCCAUUUGGCUAGUUCCUACAACAACAUCGGUGGAGUGUAUAACAACAUGGGUGACUAUUCGAAAGCACUUGAAUUUUACGAAAAAUCACAUCAAAUCCUCGAAAAAGCUCUGCCUUCGAAGCAUCCCAAUUUGGCUAUUUCCUACAACAACAUCGGUGCAGUGCAUUACCACAUGGGUGACUACUCGAAAGCAGUGGAAUUUUACGAAAAAGCACUUAAAAUAAAAGAAAAAGCUCUGCCUCCAUAUCAUCCCUCAUUGGCUAUUUCCUACAACAACAUCGGUCAAGUGUAUAACAACAUGGGUGACUACUCGAAAGCACUUGAAUUUUACGAAGAAUCACUUAAAAUAAGAGAAAAAGCUCUACCUCCGAAUCAUCCCGAUUUGGCUACUUCCUAUAACGACAUCGGUCAAGUGUAUAAAAAUAUGGGUGACUACUCGAAAGCACUUGAAUUUUACGAAAAAUCACAUCAAAUCUUGGAAAAUGUUUUGCCUCCGAAUCAUCCCGAUUUGGCUGGUAGUCACUUGAGUUUUGCAGCAUGUUACGAACGAAUGGGUGAUUACGCCGCAGCUCUUAGGGCUCUUCAAAGUGCUUUUCAAAUUAAACAACAAGCCUUUCAAGAAGGUAAUCCAGCUUUUGCUUCAACAUAUAGUUGGCUCGGAAGAGUUUAUCGCAGUACCAAAGAUUACUCAAAAGCACUUGAUAAUUUUGAGAAGUGUCUCUCAAUAUAUCUGAAAACGUUACCUGAAAAACAUCCCUAUCAGGCUAUUACUUAUAGUAAUAUAGGUGAUGUUCAUCGAUUAAUGGGUAAUUAUGAAAAGGCACUUGUAUUUCAUCAAAAAGCAUUAAAUAUUCAAGAAAAUGUUCAAUGUAAUCCUCUGGAAUGUGCAACGACAUAUAUAAAUUUAGGUGAAAAUUAUCGUGAAAUAAAAGAUUACUCAAAAGCAUUGACAUAUUUCGAAAAAGGAUUAGAAAUACGUGAGAAGAAAUUAUCAAAAAAUCAUCCUGAUUUAGCUGUUGUAUAUCAUAAUAUGGCAAAAUUAUAUUUGGCUACACGAAAAUGUAGUAUGGCAAUGAAAAAUAUUCAACAAGCAGUUGAAAUAGCUCAAGAAAAAUUACCUUCAACUCAUCCUCAUCUUUUGGAAUAUAAAGAAACAUUUGAAAAAAUUCGAAAGAAAAUGUAA